UUUUGUUUACAUUUUUUGAGACGCCGUUGUCAACGAAAAUUACGCUGGUCACAAGUCACAAUUUAUGUAUAAAAAUGAUGAACAUAAGUUACUACAACCCUUCUUCUAUUAAUUAAAUACUGAACACAUUCGAUACAAGAUGAGAACGUUACCGAAAUGGGUAAAUAAAAUUCAUGAAGCAGAUAAAAUUGAAUUUUCAAGUGUCCACGCGAUAUGCUUCAGUCCAGAUGGCACGCAGCUGGUGGUGGGGGCCGGUGAGAAGCUCAUGGUGUAUGACCCACGGGACGGUGCGCUGGUGCAGCUUCUACAAGCGCACAAGGGUGCGGUCCAUGCAGUGUCUUACUGUGGAGAUGGAAAGAAAUUUGCCAGUGGAAGUGCUGACAAAAAUGUCAUCAUUUGGACCUCUAAAAUGGAAGGCAUUUUAAAAUAUUCACACAGUGAAUCAAUACAAUGUAUUGCGUAUAAUCCGGUGACGUUCCACUUGGCCUCCUGUGCAGUGUCAGACUUUGCGUUCUGGUCCACGGAUGUGAAGGCAGUGCAAAAGUACAGAGUGUCCGGUAGAAUCACAAGCUGUGCGUGGUCACACAAUGGUCAAUACUUAGCCAUCGGACUUGCUUGCGGACUGGUUUCUAUUAGGGAUAAAACAGGUGAAGAAACUAACAGGAUAACACGGGAAUCAGGUGUGUGGGCAGUUGCAUUUCUAAAGUCAACGCUUAUAAUCACAGAUUGGACUGAGACAAUAUCUUUCUACAAUGUUCAGGGGCAGCAAGUGUGCAAGGAUAGGAAUAUAGGCAUAGCAGCCCUCUCAGUCACUUUAUUGGGAGGGUUGGUUCUGGUUGGAGGCGUGGGUGGCUGGGCAGUGUUGACCAGCGAGGGGGUGUCCGUUAUCAACACACCACAGGAAUGGGUCUGGGCGAUAGCACCGUCACCUACUUUCAAUACUGUGGCUGUAGGCUGUCAAGACGGCACGCUCUGGUGCUAUCAGGUCGUGUUCAGUACAGUGCAUGGCUUGUACAGAGAGCGGUACGCAUACAGAGAGAACAUGACUGAUGUCAUCAUACAGCAUCUCACCACGGGGAGCAAAGUGCGGAUCAAAUGUCACGAUAGGGUGCAGAAGAUAGCUAUAUACAAACAUCGGUUAGCGGUCCAGCUGCCGGAGCGUGUGGUGGUUUACGAGCAAGGUGACGCGGACGGGAUGCUGUACAGAGUUAAAGAGAAGUUGCCACAGAAGACUGAGUGCUCGUUGCUUGUUGCCACCAGUGAUGCCUUACUGAUCUGUCAGGACACACGACUGACGCUGGUCGGGAAGCGCGUGCCGAACAUGUGGGUGAUGCCAGCGCCUAUCCGGUACGUGAAGGUCACCACGCUUUACUUCGAGGAGGUGCUGCUGCUCGGACUCAUGAAUGGACAGAUAUGGCAAGUGGAGCCUAGCAACGGCCAGUCACGUAUGAUUCUGCAGACGGCUGCGAGUGUGCGAUGUCUGGACGUGAGCGCGUCGCGGCGUCGGCUCGCGGUCGUCGACGAGACUUCCGUCUGCAAGAUAUACUGCCUGCCUACGGGGGACCUCAUGUACUCUGAAGAGAACGUAUCGUCGGUGUCGUGGAACUCUUGGUGCGAGGAGUUGCUGGGCCUGUCUGGCAGCGGCGUGCUGUCCAUCAAGGCGGGCAGCUUCCCGCCCGCCACGCAGCCGCUCAUCGGCUCCGUCGUCGGGUUUCAGGGCGGUCGAGUGUUCUGCCUACAAGCGAACUCAAUGCAGACUAUCAACGUACCACUGUCACAUGCGGUGCAUCAAUACGUGCAACAGAAGAUGUUUAACGAGGCAUACGCGGCUGCGUGUCUAGGAGUCACCCCGCUGGACUGGGAGCGGCUCGGGUACGCAGCGCUAGAGGAGUUGUCCUUCGAAGUUGCCAGGAAGGCGUUUCAGAGGAGCGAGAACGUACUCUUCCUGACGCUCAUCGAUCAUUUGCAGGAACGUCUAGAGGCGGGUGAAAGUCGUACGGUGGUGUACGGAGAGGUGCUCGCGUACCGCGGCCGGUACUCUGACGCGGCGCGCUCCUUCCGCACGGCAGGCAGGGACGACCGCGCGCUCAACUUGUAUGUCGACCUCAGGAUGUUCAAUAAGGCGCAGGAGUACGUGGGUGAAGGCGAGGCACUCACUGCUCUGGCGCGACGUCGUGCGGAAUGGGCGCGACACGUGAACGAACCGCGCGCCGCCGCCGAGAUGUACCUCGCAGCUGGAGACGUGAGGAGGGCCGCGCAGCUCAUGGCCGAGACCGGCAGGAGGGACAUGCUAAUAGAACUAGCUAGAAAGUUAGACAAGGGGUCGAGCGAGUCGCUGCGCUACGUGGCCGAGGCGCUGGUCUCCGCCGGCGAGCUGGCCACGGCCGGAGACGUGUACCAACGGCUCGGAGACUAUUGUAAAGUGGCCCAGUUGGCGGUGUCGGCGGGCGACUGGACGCGCGCUUUCACACUUGCGCGUGAGCACACGGAGUGCAGGCGAGACGUUUAUCUUCCGUACGCACAUCGUAUGGCACAGGAGAAUAAGUUUGUCGAGUCGCAAAAAGCUUACCACAUGGCGGGCGAGACGGCGACGGCGAUGCGCGUGUUCACCAUCCUGGUGGGCAACGCUGUGGCAGAGGAGCGGUUCGGCGACGCCGGCUACCUGCACCACCUACUCGGCAUGCAGUGCUUAGACUCCGCCGCUAGUGCCGCUGACAGAGAUAAACCCACGCACCUCCAGCAGUACCAUGCGAACGAGCGUCUCGCUCAUAUAUACCACGCGUACGACGCCGUACACAGAUGCAUACACGAGCCGUUCUCGCUGACUCAACCCGACGCGCUUCUUAACGGCGCGCGGUACGUACUGGCGUUACUGGACGACGAACCGCCACUCGGAGUGUCUAUGUUUUGUUUAUACCUCUGCCUUGCGAAGCAAGCGAAGGUGUUGCAAGCGAAUACUCUUGCGCAUCAGAUGUUGGACAAGAUCCAGGGUCUCAUCGUGCCGCAAAAGUUUCAGGAGAGUGUGGAACUCCUGCAGCUGAAGACGCGUGCGAGUGGCAGCGGUGAGGCUCGCGACGACGAGGUGUCGCCGCUGUGCUGGCGCUGUCGGCGGCACGCUUCGCCGCUGUGUGCUGCGCGCUGUCCCCACUGCGGACAUGAGAUGGUGCACUCGCUGGCAACGCAUGAAAUCCUACCGCUGGUGGAGUUCGUGCCAGCCGAGGGUAUAACUAACGAAGAAGCGAUGGAUCUUAUCGAGCGGUCGCCGUUGCCGGAGAAGUCUGAGGAUACGUCGAGCGAAGGCAACGCGGAGAUACUGCGGAUUGAACACGAUGUCGACGCGUACGAUCCAUUCCAGGAGAAAGUUGAAGAGGACGACGACAGCAAGGUAGUGACGUGUAGCAGAGCGAGUCUGCUGCAGUUGAGCCCCGCGUACGUGGUGAUAGUGCAGCGACCGCAACUGCCGCCGCGCUUCUACCGCAACAUGUUGCCGGAGUUGCCAGCAACUAUGUGUCCUCAUUGUUACAACCUGUUCUACCUGGAAGACUACGAGAUCCAGCUGGUGACGAAGGGCCACUGCCCGUUCUGCCGGCAUCCGAUGGAGGAGCCUCGCGCUAACGACGACGAGGAUGACUCACUCCUCAACGACUCCAACUCCUCGACCCCCAACAGCCCCAGCACUGGACAGAACUCCUGGCGGUAAGCCAGCAAGCAAACACUAGUAAGUAUAAAGUAGAGUGGUAAAUGAUACCGUCCUUACCGUGUUCUACAGUAGAACGGCGAUUAUAAAUAUGUUCGAUUUAUCAAAGCUUCGAUUUAACCGGACGUACGUUCCGAACCCAAUGAAGUUCUUUUAUUAUCUGUCGACAUAUCGCUCUUUAUUCUCAACUAAAGGUGUUUCCUGGCACGAGUUCUUUUAAAACGCAAAUACAAAUAUUGUACGGAUGUAUGAAUUGAGGGCACCGUGUAUUAUUCACUGGACAGGAGGCGUUCUGUGACGCGCAACAUGUUUAGCAACGUUGUGCAACGUGACGUUAGUAUUCUUUAAGUAGAAUAUUCUAGAGUGAAUGUUAUUUACUAUCGGAUACUUUGUGAUACAUCGCCCCAUUUUGUACUUCAUGAGGUUCGCAAGGUUCGUGCGCAACGUUGCAAUACAUGUCCUAGUUUUAAAGUUUUUUUUUUUUUGUAAAUGUAUGUGUAUAAAACCGUCUUUGAUUGUGAGUAUUGUACAAAUACAUAUUUUGCACCGCAGUAUUAAUCAAAUGAUUACCUUGAGCCUUAUUCUCUGAGGGCGUAAACUCGUCACAAGCCCGGGUCAUGUUAUAUGAAAUUAACGGGGAAUGGUAUACUAAUUGGCAAUUUCUAUUAUCCUAAACGUGACGCGGUGCGUUACGUGAUGGUCACUGUCAAUAACGUGUGGCAUGGAAUAAGGCUCCCUAUUUCUCUCAAUAGAAAAAUGGGGGCAAAAAUUCUUAUCUUAGCAGGUAUCACUUGGCGUGCAGUGGGUUGCCUUCGUGUCAUUUUUCUGUUGUCAAUUUCUUUGCUAAUUAGAACGUCAUGUCAGAUAGCUUGUGUUUCAUUAUUAGUCCAUUGAAAUGUUACAUUUUUUAGGCCUUACCUUGCGUUUUUUAGAGGACGCAAUUUUAUUUUUUAGAAGUGUAGGGGGGGUCAGUGUAAAGCUAAAACCAAGUUUGUGGGGUCGCCACCCUUGUCCCACGGCCGCCAUCUUGGGUUGAAAUGGUUUUUACGAUGUA